GGGUCGCAUUUUCGAAAAUCCGAGUUAGAUUCACAUUCUGAUUUUCUUAAAUUAAAAAGAAAAUUAAAUAUGAGGUUUACAGCAGUUUUACGUGCACAGCAUCUUGGUUUUUAUUUCAAGAAACAUUGGCAAGUUCAAGGACGAAGAAAAGUUAUGAAGACAGGAUGUUAUUCUGUUUUAAAUGAUCUAGGAAUAGAUAUUAAGGAUCCAAAGAAAUAUUUGGAGAACUUUCAAGAGAAAAAUGAAAACCAAACGCAAUUAAAUCAAAAUCUUAAGAAAUUUCUAGGUGAACCGGAGGAAAUCAAGGAAAACAACUAUUCUUACAAUGAAAAGCCGAUUUAUCUAUAUGGAGACUCGAAUGUUCUUGUGGAAGGAACAGUACAAGCACAAAAGCUUCUUAAAACUCUUAAGUUUGAUAGGUUUCCUGAUCAAAUUGAAAAGAACUUCGAAAAUACAAAACUUCCUACAAAUAUUGAACGUUCUUUUCAACAAUCAGUUCUCGUUUCUCAUUUACUUGAUGGAGAGCAACAAAAACUUGCUAAAAAAAUGAAUCCAUUACGACCAAUGCGUCCAUUUCCUCUAGAAUAUGGAAUAACAGAUGCAAGAAAGAAUUUGUCAUUGUCAACGCGCCUUAUAAACCAUUGUGAAAGACAUUUUGGACCUAGAGUUGCCGCUAAUAGAAAGACAAUUAACGAUGCACUUUUCAUUGCACAAUUUCAAAAAAGAGGUUCCAACAUAAGAUUCGAUGUCAAAGCAGAAACCUUUUUAGUGACACGCAAACCAAUUUCAUCGUUUGCUUCUAAUGUUGAUGAAGAACCACUUCCAGAUAUAUCUCCUCUACAAGAUACAAUUUCCAUACCUAACACACACUUCUACGAUAACGAAAUCAAAAGCUCCUAUCCUGUGAAAACAAGUGGACAGUUUUGUUAUCCUCAUACCAUCAUGCUUCAUUACUCUAAUCUUGAUGUUAAACAUCUUUUUGAAACACCAGUAACACCUGAUCAAUUCGAAAGUAGAGCCAUGAUCAAAGGAUUUGCAGCUGCUUCAAGUUGUGCUCAAAGUCUUUACGGAUUUGAAGUUGAAGAGUUGCCAGAACCAGUUGUUGUUCAAGUUGUACAAUUUGAUGGCAAAAGAGUUCAAUUUGGAAUAUUUCAACUAAACACACUUAAUUUAGAUGUAACAGAAGGACCCAAAAAUUAUUGGUUUAGGAAGCCUGAAACGCAGCUUUACGAUGUUUGCUGUUAUACUAAUGGAAGACCAGCUCUUACUUCAUAUAAUUUUGAUGUCUUUCGAUUAAUGUCUGUAUUUUACAACAAUUAAGCUUCCAUUAAAAUUCAUUCUUUAGUAGAAUUAA